AGUCACAUGUUCCUGGAGAAGCAUUCUGACCUAGACCUUUGAUGGGAGUCUGGAGAGGGAAUGCGGCCUCCACGAGGCUUUUGACGACCACAUUGCGCACACAUUCCAGGCCUAUAUACAGCGGGCCCAUGCCUUCCUACUGCUUAACGGCCGACGUAGCUCACGGCAGUCACUUUCGUUCAUUCCUGUUUUGCCCCGGACCUAGCUGAAUUUUGCUCAAGCAGUCGCCUCGUGGAUCGAUCUUGAACACUCUUAUUCGACAUAUCGCCUUGUAUGCACUUUGCCUCUGAAUCAGUGUUGUCGAUGAGUGCGCCUGGCCCUAUAGUACAAAUCUCGCCAACCGUAGCGCAAGAGGUCAUUGCUCUGCAAGCUGCCGAGCUCAUCCGGCUUCGAAUUGAGCUCGGGUAUGACAGGUCGGGAAGCUCUCAGGGAGACGGUCGUGGAGUGGUGUCCCUUGAACAGUUCAAUGAGCUCCGAAGAGACCUCCUCGAAGCAGCGUUCGCACCCAAGGAGAACAACGACUCUCUACGUACGGAGCUUGUGUCUAUCAGUGAACGCAUGCGUGCGAUGCAGUGUUCGCUCGAAGAAUUUCUGUCUCGCACGACGCGCGUUGCCCCGAGUGACAACGGAACGCAGGUCGGCAGUUACCAGACGACGGCAGCAUUGAAUCUGUGUAUGUCUGAGAAGCAAGUUGAUGGGCUGACACACCAACUGGCAGUUGCUCGAGAAGAGCUCAGGGACGCACACAGCGCUAUCAGUCGUCUCGAAGACGAGCGUGCCAAAAAUGAGGCACGAGUGUCAGACUUAGUCAAACAGCUCCUCACUGCACAUGUCCAGUCUAGGGACCUACAAGAAUUACUCCAGAGAUCCCAGGAAGUGUACUCGAUUGCACAGGUGAGACGCGCAGUUCAUGGCCUCGUAAUGACUAUAAUGUCAAUGCAGACGAAGGUCUCGGGGAUGGAGGACCAGACGGCUUUUCUCCGCGACGAGAAUCAGCAACUAAGGCAGAGGACAGAGACGCUCACCGCCGAGUCCAACCAAAGACAGCUCCAUCUCGACGAGUUGAACGAGUGCUUUGCCUCUACCAUUGCCCACCACGAGGAAGAAGUGGCAUCGCUGUGCAUGGCCGUCGAAGUCGUGAAGGAUGGUCCAAGUCGCCCUAGCCUAUUAGGUACCGUACGCAGCAAAGUCGCUCAAGUCUACAAAGGUGUCGGGGGAUACUUGCCCCAGCAAUCCGCUACGAAUAUAUUUGAGCCUCCGACAGAUGAAAACCCGUCUCGAGCGACGGUUCUCGUAGAGGAGCCACAGUCCGAUGUCAAUGCCGAACCUUCCAGUGCAGUCCACUCCCGCGGUAAAGCCCGCGGCGAGGAAGAUACUGUCCUCGGUGACUCAGAUUCAAGUACUGCAGGAUCCGUGGUCAGUUUGACCGAUUUCGCGUCGGAGUCAAGCCCUAGGCCCGGAUCCGGGGAGCCAGAACAUAGCAGAGUCAUCCGACGUGAUUCCUCCCCUGACCCUUGCGAGUGCGCACUGGCACGCGUCUCCGAAACUCAGGGCAAUCCGUCCAGCUUUCGCCUACCUAGCGAGACGCUGGUGUCUUCUGCUGGUCUCUCACACGCCAGGACGGGCAGGAAGAUCGAAGACGUCCUUACGCCGCUUCCGAUGAAAGUCAUCACGCAAGCAGCCUUGGAUCACCUGCAAAGGACUUGCGGCAACACAAAUCAUCGCCUCUUUGUGAACACUUGUACCUUCGUCGUCGGAGAGUUCAUUGAGAGUCCGUACUUCGUCAAGCCGUCUAUGGUGAUCAACACCUUGGACGGCAAGUGGGUGCCAUGCAAGCACAAAGCCUUCCACAAGCGCGUAGCGAAGGGAUCCGUAGACUUGGUGGCCGCUGUAUCUCGUUCUCUAUACUACCUAGGGACAUAUACCAUAAUGGACACCCCAGAGCCUUGGACGGCCAACGACUUUGGACGACUUCCGGAAGUGACUCAACGAUGCGAGUCAGGCUCAGGGUGUCCAGCGAAACGGACCGUCGAUGAGGGUUGUUGCUGGUUGCUUGUGUUGGAAGUCAUGUACGCGAAACAAUAUAUAAAGCGAUUCACCGUGCCCAGUCAUUGUGAGAGUACUAGUGUAUUAGAAGCUGCUCGGUACUACUAUGCACUCACCAAGUUCAAGUUGCAUCCGACGACCUCACUGCCAUGGUCCUAAUCAGAAAU